AGAGACAACAUCGUCAGACGAAAAAUAAAUCUUCAUCAUUCCUCAUCCCUUCCCGAGCUAGCAGCUCUCAAAUACUAUAGUACUCCUACUAUACAACUCAGAAAUAAAAAUAAAUACAACUUACAUUGAGAUUUGAGCCAAAACAGAGAAGAAAAAGGAGUAGAAGAAGAGGGAAAGAGAAGAUCUCCUCCAGCGGAUCAGUCCCCGCUUUAAAAGCAUUGGCGGCCACUGAUUUCAUCUCUCUCCUCUCUCCCUCCUUUAAUCCUCUCUCUUUCUAUAUUUAUUGACUCUCUCAAAGACAAAAGCACUUCUUCCUUCUCCCUAUCUCUCUCUCUCUCUCUCUUACGCCAUUUGGGUUUUUGCUUUUAUUUCCUGUGCGUGAUUAUGAUGAUGGGAUUAUCUUUCUGAGGCUUUUUUUUUUAUUUUCUUGGAAAGUUGAAAUUAAAAAACAAAAAAAAAGAAAGUUUGAAACUUUAUAAUGGUGUUCUGUGUUCUCUGUUCGUGUUGAGAGAGUCAAUAAAUGCUGUUAGUAAAUGGUUAGUUGAGAUGGGAGAAAAAGAUCCCGUUGUCCGAGGGAGUUUGGUUUCUUGCAAAAGGAUAGUGAGGCAAAACAUGGGUUUGGUUUCUCUUGUCUCCUUUCUAACAUCCCUUUUCCAUUAAUGGUCUUUCCUUCUUCCAACAUCACCACCUCAACAUUAAGAAACAAUGUUCUCUUUUUUGCCCUUUUCUUCUUCUUCUUCUUCUUCUUCUUCUUCUUCUUCUUCUUCUUCUUCUUCUUCUUCUUUGGUUCUGGUUUUUGUUUGAUCGGUUCGAAAAAGAGAGAGUAAAGCUGCUUCAGAGUCAAACAAAGGUGUGUUCUUUUUUUGGUAACGAAGACGAAGUAGUAAGAUGAAGUUCAUGAAGCUUGGCUCUAAGCCUGAUACAUUUCAAUCUGAUGGCAAAUUCGUCAAGUAUGCUGUUUCGGAUCUAGACAGUGAUGUUACUAUACAUGUUGGCGAGGUCACAUUUCACCUCCAUAAGUUCCCGCUGCUAUCAAAGAGCAACCGAAUGCAGCGACUGGUUUUUGAGGCGGCUGAAGAAGAAACUAAUGAGAUCACUAUACUAGACAUGCCUGGAGGACACAAAGCGUUUGAGAUCUGUGCUAAGUUUUGCUAUGGGAUGACGGUUACCCUCAAUGCUUACAACAUAACCGCUGUGCGAUGUGCAGCUGAGUAUCUUGAAAUGACUGAAGAUGCUGAUCGCGGUAAUCUCAUAUACAAGAUCGAAGUUUUCCUCAACUCUGGCAUAUUCAGAAGCUGGAAAGACUCAAUCAUUGUGCUUCAGACAACAAGAUCUCUUCUUCCUUGGUCUGAAGAUCUGAAGCUUGUUGGUAGAUGCAUUGAUUCUGUUUCAGCUAAGAUAUUGGUGAAUCCUGAGACGAUCACUUGGUCUUAUACACACAACAGGAAGUUAUCUGGACCUGAUAAGAUAGUUGAGUAUCAUCGGGAGGAGAAUGUGAUUCCAAAAGAUUGGUGGGUCGAAGAUGUAUGUGAGCUCGAGUUUGAUAUGUUCAAGCGGGUGAUGAGCGUUGUGAAAUCGAGUGGAAGGAUGAACAAUGGUGUAAUAGCUGAAGCACUUAGAUACUAUGUAGCAAGGUGGUUACCAGAAUCUAUGGAGUCUUUGACAGAAGCAGCUUCUUCAAACAAACAUCUCGUUGAGACGGUUGUUUUCUUGUUGCCAAGAGUAAACAGAGCGAUGAGCUACUCUUCUUGCAGCUUCUUGCUCAAACUCCUUAAAGUUUCCAUCUUAGUUGGAGCUGAUGAGACGGUGCAAGAAGACUUGGUUCAAAACGUGAGCUUAAAGCUGCACGAGGCCUCGGUUAAGGAUUUGCUGAUCCAUGAAGUCGGAUUAGUUCAUCGGAUUGUUGAUCAGUUCAUGGCGGAUGAGAAACGUGUAUCUGAAGAUGAUCGGUACAAGGAGUUUGUAUUAGGAAAUGGGAUUUUGUUGAGCGUUGGAAGAUUGAUUGACGCUUAUCUCACACAUUGUUCUGAUCUUACGCUCUCUAGCUUCAUCGAGUUAUCUGAGCUAAUCCCGGAAUCAGCUAGGCCGAUUCACGAUGGUCUCUACAAAGCCAUUGACACUUUCAUGAAGGAACACACAGAACUAACGAAAUCCGAAAAGAAGAGACUUUGCGGAUUAAUGGACGUGAGGAAACUGACGGGAGAGGCAUCGACUCACGCUGCACAGAACGAGCGACUUCCGUUGCGAGUGGUGGUGCAAGUUCUUUACUUUGAGCAGCUCCGAGCAAAUCACAGCCCCGUCGCAUCUGUUGCAGCUUCGUCGCACUCGCCGGUUGAAAAGAUUGAAGAGAACAAAGGAGAAGAAGCGACGAAGAAGGUGGAGCUGAGCAAGAAAAGCAGAGGAAGUAAGAGCACGAGGAGUGGUGGUGGGGCACAGCUGAUGCCGUCUAGGUCAAGGAGGAUCUUUGAGAAGAUAUGGCCGGGUAAAGUAGAGAGUAGUAACAAGAGCUCUGAGGUAUCGUCUGGGAGCUCUCAAAGUCCGCCAGCUAAGUCGUCAAGCUCUUCUUCCCGGCGCCGAAGACAUUCGAUAUCUUGAAUCAGUGGGGAUAACCUAAAUUUGUAAAGAGAAGCUAUUAAUGGUUGUAACGUAUUAUAAGUGGUUUUAGGAUUUGUGGUCGUUUAAAUUAAAACUGAUGAAGUUGUGUUCUGUUCUGUGUUCCUUUAGUCGUAAUUCGUAAAGAUUUGUUAACAGUUUCGUUUAAGACUA